AUGAAGAAGAAGACGACUACUGCAUCCAACAGCGACACCAUCAUUUACCCCAUCUGGAGGAACCUUCCAUCGAAGAUCAUCGCCGAAGUACUUUCUCGACUACCCAUCAAGUCUCUCUGUCGAUUCAGGUGUGUUUCUCCCAAGACCCACCUUCAUAUAACCAAUACUGCCAACAAACCUCAAAAAACCCUUCUUAUUUCCACCUCUUGCAAGCUCUUCUCCGUAGACUUCACCGACGAAAGCCCGACCGCGAAAAGGCUUGGUUCGGGGCCCUCGGGCUCAGGAAACUGGGUCCAAGUUUUUGGCUCUUGCAAUGGCUUGGUUCUAGUUUGUGGUGAAGGUAUUGAUUCCUACUUCUUGUCGAAUCCAUUCACUGGAGAAUGUAAGAAACUGCUCGAACCACCUUUUCUUGACAUCUCUUCGUCUGACCAGUCCCCGUUUUUCCUGGCUGGUUUGGGUUAUGAAUCAUCUACGGAUGAUUACAAGGUUGUGAUGCUCCUUGGAUUUGACGGUUUACAUUUUUAUAUCCUUGGUGAACAUCUUCAUGGGAGUUACUUUAAUGAGCGUCUCCAUUGGCUUUGUUCGAGCACUGGUGAUUUCGAUGGUCCUAAAGUUAUUGUUGCUUUUGAUUUGUGCGAUGAGAUUUUCAAGGAAGUGCAGCUGCCUGCUCCGUUUGAUAAUGAUGGGUAUAGCUAUUACCAGUUGGUGGUUCUCAGGGGUUGUCUCUGUUUGGUUGUUUGGCCUUUUAUUGACUAUGGAAUUGAAGUUUGGAUAAUGAAGAAGUAUGGGCGGAAGACAAAUUUGUAUUGGGAACAUUUGGCAUGA